GGAACUGUGACUCAACAAUGCUGGGUGUUUGGUGGUGCCAUGGGCUGCCCCCAGCAGGGUGUCCAGGAUGAUCGUGUCCUUAUGGAUGGCAUACAUUGCAGCUCGUAAACGCCAAACAGACACAGAUGGCGUACCAGGUGAAGAACAGUUCUCGUGGUUAUUCAGGAUGCUGGAUACGUGGUCCGGGCUGUGGCCAGGGCAGAGGGCAUUACCACCGGCAGAGCCUAGGGCAGAUCAGCAGGCAAAACCUCCAGCAGAUCAGCAGGCAGAGCCUCAGGCAGAUCAGCAGGCAGAGCCCCAGGCAGAUGAGCAGGCAGAGCCUCCAGCAGAUCAGCAGGCAGAGCCUCCAGCAGAUCAGCAAGCAGAGCCUGGGGCAGAUGAGCAGGCAGAGCCUCCAGCAGAUCAGCAGGCAGAACCUCCAGCAGAUCAGCAAGCAGAGCCUCCAGCAGAUCAGCAAGCAGAGCCUCCAGCAGAUCAGCAAGCAGAGCCUCCAGCAGAUCAGCAGGCAAUGCCAAAAGCAGAGAGUACACCAGCUCCUCCAGACCUCCCACGUCCCAUCAGUCCAAGCCCACAGGGUCAGCCCUUCUCCCGCCCAGACCUGUAGCCAUGGAUCAUUUGUCCCCCCUGGCUUUCUGCAGGAAGGGGCCAAUUUGGAGGUGCAGGUGUCUCAGCAGGUGGUCCUGAAGGAUGGGUUUCACGUCUUGUCCAUCAGCAAGUCCUGUUGUGUGCAUCAGAUCUCGAAUGUGCAGGAGGAUGGAGAGACAGUGACAAGGCCGGGGCAAACAGAAAAUGAGAUGCGCUGGAUGGUGCUCCAGGACAUGCCUGACCUCAAAAUUGAUACCACGGUGGAUGCUGCAACAAGAAACAUGAUGAUCACCACGACAGACACCGACAACUUAUCUGAAUGCCCUACCAACAACUAGGAGGUAGAAGAGAGCCCCUGCUCCAUCACUCACAUCUCCCUGCACACCCCAGGCAGCCCCCAGGACCACCCAGCUCUAUCUGCCUCUGCUCCACUGGUCUCUAUUCUCCUCCCCUUUCCCAGCUGUGUCUGAAGCUGUUUCCACCUCUCCAGAACUGAUCUGCCCCAGGAAAUAAAAGGUUUCACGCAC